GCGUCUCGAUGGAUUGGCGGGGAAGCAAGAAAGCAGGUUAUGCGCAUAGCGGGUGCCUGGAGCACCCCCACUAUCGAGGCUCGACUCGAGCACGACUUUUGGAGGGGCACACCGAACAAACGCUCAGGAGGCGCACUUGCAACCGGACAGGAGACGCACGAACCUUGAACUGACCGUCAGCAUCUUAUUCACUUUCAUCUGGAUAUCAAAAAGACCCAGGGUGCUCCGUCAAGAUGGCGGCCGCCGAUGCUCAGGCGAGAUUGCAAUCUCUUUCAGAAGACUACCAGAGGAUCCAACAAGAGAUUCAAGGUAUUGUCGCUUCGCGGCAAAGGUUGGAAGGCCAAAAGCAAGAGAACACUGGUGUGCAAAAGGAAUUCGACAAUUUGGGAGAAGAUGAGACUAUUUUCAAGCUUGUCGGCCCAGUACUUCUGAAGCAGGACAAGUUUGAGGCAGAAAACACGGUCAAGGGCCGUCUGGAUUUCAUCAAUGGGGAAAUAUCGAGACUGGAGGACCAAAUCAAGGAGAAUCAGGACAAAAUGGAGAAGAAGAAGACGGAGAUCAUCCAAAUCCAGUCGGCAGCUCAAGCCGCUGCUCAACAAGGUCAAGGUCAGGGCCAAGCUGCACCUCAAUGAGACACUUUUGAUUACGAG